CUCUUUCUCCCUUUCUCUCUCUCUCUCUCUCUCUCUCUCUCUCUCUCUUAUGCGUGGAGAGUUAUUCAGCCUCUCCGUGUUCGCCGCCAUGAGCAGGCGCUGCGCGGGGUUAUUAGGUACCGUUAGGUUGUCAGUGUGAGCUGCGGACGUUCCCGCGCGAGUAAAUGGGCUUGGAGGCUGAGCGGGCGGAAUGUAACGGAUCCCGGGAAGGAUGGGAGGAAAAAGCUCCUCAGCUGCUGCUGCUGCGUUCCUGCCGCCACCACCGCCACCGCCGCCGCUGCUGCUGCUGCUGCUGCUCGCCUGCAUGCUGGCGUCUCCGGUCCGCGCCGACAGCCUAUCCGCCCCACUGAAUGUGACCAUCAAGACCUUAGAGGGCAAUGCGGCUGUGGUCACAUGGGACAUCCUCGAGGGAGAUCCGGUCAUCGGGUUUGCCAUCACACAGCAGAAGAAGGAUGUGCGCAUGAUGCGCUUCAUCCAAGAAGUCAACACUACCACUCGCUCCUGUGCAUUAUGGGUUGAGGCUGAUACAGAGUAUAUUGUCCACGUGCAGUCCAUCAGCAUGAGUGGCACGAGUCCACCUAGUGACCCCGUCCUCUUCCGCACACCAAAGGAGUCUGAGAAAAUGGCUUCCAAAAGUCCUGAUGAGGUGACAAUGAAGGAGGUUGGCCAGGCUGCCCAGUUGAGGGCUGGAGAGCUGAUCAUCAUAGUAGUGGUCCUGAUCAUGUGGGCAGGCGUAAUAGCGCUCUUCUGCCGUCAGUAUGACAUCAUUAAAGACAACGAGCCCAACAACAACAAGGACAAAGCCAAGAACUCGUCGGAGUGCAGCACCCCCGAGCAUCCUACAGGGGGCCUGCUGCGCAGCAAGGUCUAACCAACCACAGGCAAUAAAAGGCUUCAGCCUCAGGACAUAGCUGAGACAUACCCAGAAAGCCAUCAAAUGACAUUAUUGUGAAGCAAGAGUGUCCAUCUUCAUUGGAAAAGGACUCGUUAUUAAUAUCGCAUCCUAUCAACGAAUACGGACCCCCUUUUCUGUUGCUUGUCGACGAAAGUACACAAAGACAAUGGCACACUCGAGCACAUUCGACGAGAUCACUUGAGCACACUGGGCGACUGAAGUGAAGACCUGCUAAUUAAAGAAGUGUAUGGCUGGGUGUUCCCUCGGGUCUGGCUCCAAACAGAGACAUUCCCUAAGCUCUGAGAAGAGAGAGAUAGAAAUCCCAGGACACUCUGCCUCUAGCGCCGCCUCGUUCAGAUAAGCAAAAUGUGUCACCGCCUUUGAGGGAAGACGAUAAUAAACCUUGCUAUGAAUGAAGGGGAACAAUCUCCCCCUCAUAUAUAUAUAUAUAUAUAUAUAUAUAUAUAUAUAUAUACAUACACACACACACACACACACACACACACACACACACACAAGCUUUUUCUUCUUAUCAUUGCUGAAACAGGAUCAUAUAAGGAAGGGGGAUAAAUUGAAGUUAUUUCACAUAUCGCUCUGUCUUUCUCUCUGCAUAUUAUCUCUUUCUCUUUUUUUAUCUCAAUGCUAUUUUAUGGCAAUUGGUUCCUCUAUUUUCCGUCAUACUCCCCCCUUUUCUUUCCAUCCAUUUGUUUUUGCUCAAAGGUUUCUUUUUUACCGCGAAAAGGAGUCACUGCUGUAAAUGUGAUAAUGUGUAUUGGUGCAGUGCAAUCUGUAUCUCUCUCUAUCUCUUUUCUCCAUAAGCACUCUCUCGCUCUCAGGGCAUCCGAGUUCAAAUCCCGAGGAUAAAUAAUACAGUGGCUCGCGCCGAACCUCGUCCGUCACGCCAUCCUCCACACCAGUCCCAUCGCCACCUACAGACGAUAUAUUCGAAUAUUAUAUUAAUACAGUGAGAACCUAUUUAAUCACUCGUGCGUCUUGAGUAAAUCAACAGCUUGCCUUCAAUGAUGAGUAUGUAGAAUAUAAGUCGUUUUUUUGCUCCUCAUUAAACUCUAAACGGUCAUGUUCUAUGAGUCCUGCUAUAAUUAUGCUUCUUACUGUGACGUAUGGCUCCAUUAGAGACUCCGGUGCCUUUCCCACUAAAAAGCUUGUCGCGUCCCCUUUCAAGACCUUCAGCUCUUUCAUAGCUCGUCUCAUUCUCGUGCAGUAAAUUUUCCCCUUUGACAGUUUAAGUGAAGUAUGCGAGAUGAGGGAGCAGCUUGACAGCACGUUAUUGGACUGUCAGGACAGAUGGACUUGUCACUUACAGCACGGGCGCUGACGUGGACGUCGUCCUACUGGGAUGAACUCAACAAGUCGACGCUUUGCUGCAAACAAUAUAAACAUGCUUAAUGCGGGCCCGAGGUCCUGAAACAAUUGUAGGACAUGCAAAUAAAGAGAAGUGCAGACAUACACAGUAGUAUCACAUGACCAUAAAGCGGGGAUUUGUUUCAUUUUCAGACCCGUUUGUAUGCUGUAGAAUAAGGACCAAACUAUUAAUCGUAAAAAAAAAUAAUGCUUUUUUCGUAAUCGGUGUUACUUAUUAAAUCAUGCUGAUUAACUCUAUGUGAGCCGAUAUUUAUUAGGGAUUAUCAUUUUUGGGCCAAAUUUGAGUAUGUAGCUUUUUAUUUUGGGGGGGUACCAAUUACAAAAUGCCUGAACUUAGUAUUGAUAAAAUCAGGAUGUCAGGGAAUAUUUCUUUUAGCUCUGCUUAUGUUUCUGUUUUAUAUAGAGGCCAUGAAAAGCACACAUACAUGCGAGUCCGCUAGACUUGUUAAUUUUAAAUAGCCUGCGUUAGCUAGCUAGUUACUACGGACCGUGUUGGAAUCGUAAUGCCAAGUCGUUGUUUGGAAAAAGCGCUCGUGUACGGCUGCAACUGAAGUGCGUCUUACAUCCAAGUCCUUUGUUGCUGAUAUGUGAUCGAAAAAAAAGAACAACCUACUGGGUAAGUGCUGCUAUUUUCACCUAGCCACUGAACUCUUCAGGCUGGGUUUUAUGUUCAAGCAAUCUGUUUUUUUUUAGGUUAUAUUGCAGGAAUAUGUUGUAGCUCCUUAUCUUGAGAUUUUCACAGAGCACAGCUUGAAGUCUGCUUGGAUUAAUAUCUUUAAUCAGAUCUCUUUCCUGUUGUCUGUUCAUUUGUGUAACAACCUACACUCGGCUCACGUCCCAUAAUAUCACGUGGUACCGGAUGUGGCUAUUAGAGCAAUUAAUGAAUAUGAAUUUGAAUAAAUGAGCAUGCUAUACCAGCAUUGGGUAGCAUUCCUAAUCAUUAUAAUUAUUCUAAUUUGUAUGCAUGAUGUACUUAUUAGCAAUGAUAAUAUUGCUACAUACCAACAUUGAGAUCUUCCCUGUAAUAGGGUUCAAUCCUGAUGAAAGAUUUUCCUUAGACUUCAUAGUAAUCAGGAUAAGAGCACAUUGGUGGCAUGCUCAAGGGCUCGUUUAUUUAUUUAUGGCAUAUUUCAGCCGGCGGAGAUAUCAGUAUGUCAAAUAUCCCAUAUUGAUAUAUAUCAUUUGUGGAACUCCAUCACGACCUUCUCCGGCAACGAUUUGCAUUUGCUUCUCUGAAUUAUGGCGAUGUUAAUCAAGUCGGUUGAAGGGUACAUGAAGGAGUCACACUGCAUUAAAACACCCCCCUCCCCUUUAUUACCCCCAAAACCCUGUCCAGACAUACAGCCAUUACAUUAUCAUGGCGGCAGUCUAACAGACCGUCCCCUCGCUCCGACAAGUCGCCUGUUCCUUCAUUUUUCAUGCCAUUCCCUCCCACUGCCAGCAGAAGAAACUCAAUACUUCUCCUCUAAUGACUGCUAAUUAACCUUGGCCGUGGGGAGAAAGCAGGAGAGCUGCUGGGUGAAAAAUGGCUGGCAUCAAUGUCAUGUCUGGGCAGCUUACAUAAGGCAGCAAGGAUUAUGUUUUUCCUUCUGCAGAUCGUCACUUUUCUACUGCUAGUUUCUCUUCCAGCACAUCUAAUGAGAGACGGUGAAAAAGAACGAGGCCACACUGUUCCUGAAAGCAAAGUUCUGCUGUGCUGACCAGAGACGAUGUUCCACUCAAAAUCAAAGAGGCAAACUGUCCUUCCGCUUUCAAAACUCUGUUACAAUCAGUAAUGGAUUUGUUAUACUCAUUUACUCUGUCUAACCUUUCAAACCGUCUGGCUCUUUAAAUUUAAAAUCAAUUCCAUUAUAAGCAGCGUUUGGGAUUGUUAACGUGAUGCAUCGUAAGCAGUGUUUAGAACAUAACAUUGUUCCUAACAAAACCAAGCCCCUAUCUUACCUUUAACAAAUACAUUUAUCAGGAAAUCCUACUACAAAACAUUUCAACUUCUGAAAGUAUACUAGGUGCACUGAUUAGAUACAUGGUUUUGUGUAAAAUACACUGUGGACAAAAGUAUGUGGACAUCUGACCGAUCUAAUAUGGUUAUUAUUUACUGUUAUAAUAACCUCCACUCCUCUUGGAAGAGGUUCCACUAGAUUUUGAAGUGCGAUUUGUGUUCAUUCAUCUACAAGGGUGUUAGUAAAGUCAGAUGGUGAUGUCAGCAUUCCAAUUUAUCCAGAAGGUGUUUAAUAUGGUUGAGGUCAAAACUCGAUAGCAGGAGAUAUUUUACUCUAACUCCAUAUCUUUAUGGAGCUGGCUUUGUGCACAGGAGCAAUGUCAUGCUGGAACAGGUUUGGGUCUCCUAGAUUAAGUGAGGGGAUACAAUAGCGUGCUUCCAGCUUUGUGUCCUAAUACUUUUGGUGAUAUAAUAUUUUCUAUCUAUCUAUCUAUCUAUCUAUCUAUCUAUCUAUCUAUCUAUCUAUCUAUCUAUCUAUCUAUCUAUCUAUCUAUCUAUCUAUCUAUCUAUCUAUCUAUCUAUCUAUCUAUCGAAACCACUUGCCGUUAUUGGAAAAAGCUCACACUUCUCCUCACUGAUGCGUUUUCUAUAACGACAUGCCACAGUGUGUUUUAUUUCUAACCCAUAAACCCGAAUUGUGUUUACAGCAGUGCCUAUGAAAGAUCUAGCAGCACAGCCAAAUGUAAAGAUGCCGUAGAACUGUAACAAUUUGCAUAUGUGGGAAAGGUUUUUUCUGUAAAAUACAUAUUGAGAUUCAAUUUGAUCAAAUGUAUCACUGUUAUACAAGUGCAUGAGUUUUUUUUUUUACUUGUAACAAGAAGGUGAUGAGGUCACAUCCACUGCCUCCCAGUGAACUACUGAUGGACACUCGAAAGAACAAGAUCAUUAUCCAUCAUCUGCUCAUUCCUGUGCUUAGACUGUAAACUGUUUGUAAGUAACUUAUACAUCUGAAAGGAAAACAAUGGUAAAGCUUUGAUUUAAAAAAAAAGAAAUACGGUUUAAUAGGUGUUAUAUUAUGUACGCUGGAUGUAGACAAUAUAUUUGUUGCCACACUGAUCUCCAUCAUGCCUUUAAGGUGUUAAUGAUUUUAAAAACACACUUCUUGUACAUAUAGACGUGUCGUGGCUACUUCUUUAGCAUUCCCAUCUGUGAGAUCAGAGCCCAAGCCUUAAAGCACUUAAUAGACAGCCAGAGACGCUAAUAACGUGAAGGUGGAAACUGGCAUUAUGUUGCAUUGUAAUUUAAACCGAACCGAGACGGUCACUGAGAUCAUUCGUCCCACAUAUUUACUCUGACGCAUGGGCUUCAAAACAGGAUGAACAUUCAGUGUAAACCCACAGAGUCUGUGUUACUUGAUGUUCAUUAAAAACAAAUGCUUCAUGAGGGCUAGCAUGUUUCUGCAGUGCUAUACAAACUUAUACAAUUUAUAUGGAUAAAAAAAAAAAACUAUUACAUGUCUACUUAUGUACUGCCACAAAAAUAAUAAAGUAUCAAAUAUUUUCAAA